AUGGGUUUCGAUAUAAACAGAUUCCGGGAAUCGGAUAUCAAAGAGGAGUUUAUUUGUCCGAUUUGUCACGACAUCCUUCAGGAACCGAUUCUUCUCCAGACGUGCGAACAUGUCUUCUGCAGUCAGUGUAUCAAUGAAUGGCUUCAGAAAUGCAAACAAAAGUCGUGUCCAAUCGAUAGGGAAGAGAUCUGCGAGAACUCUCUGCGACCUCCGCAGAGAUCCUUCAAGAAUUUGAUCUCAAAUUUAUUGAUUUCAUGCGAUUUUCUCUCAAAUGGUUGCCAACAAUGGAUCAAAAUAGACGAACUGUCAGUCCAUACAAAUGCUUGUGUUUAUAAUCCGGUAAUUAUGAGCCAAAAGAUUGAAUGUCCGGCAAAUUGUGGAGCAAUUAUCACACGCUGUGAGAGUAGAGAUGAACACAAUUGUGUGAUAUUUCUUAAGAAAAUUAUUGAUUCAAAUAAGGAUAGUAUUGAAGAAUUGGUUAAUGAAAACAAACGUCUGUCCAAAGAGAGCAACACAUUGAAUACUAAAUACAAUCACUUGAAAGACGAAUACGAAGAGGCGAUGAAUCAAUUGAAACAUUUUUGUAUUGAAAAUAAAAAGUUUUCAACUGAUUUGACGAAUACUAAACAGGAGUUAGCGAUUAAUAACGAAAAUCUCAUUCAAUUAAAUAAAACUAAUGACAAGAAAGACAUGACUAUCGACGCCCUGAAGACAGAGAUUCAGAAUCUUAAGAAAAACAACCAAACAAUGCUCCAAAUGUUGAAAAGUAGAGACAAUGAAUCCAAACAUAACGGAAACCAUUGUCCAGAAUCGUUACCUCUUAUAAGUUUUGACAAUGAUUUGAGAGAACCCGAGAGAAGCCCUUCUAGUGAUACACUAAUCAAGACAUCCGUAGAUAACAAGCAAUUGAUUGAAGCGCUCUCUAAGAGACACGGAUUGUCCAACAGAAGAGUCAUCUCCGCUAUGCUAUCAAUAGAUAGGGGAGUGUUUGCCCCCUCAGCGGCCAGUUAUGUCUUACAUCACAUCCGAUCGAUUGGUUACGGGGCGCACACGGGUCCGGCCACUUACGAGGCCGCACUUCUUCAGUUCCUUGAGCCCCAUCUGAUGCCUAACUGUAAAGUUCUCGAUAUCGGUUCGGGAACUGGUUUUUUGACCGCUUGUAUAAAUUGCGGGCCAAAGGAAUGUUAA